UGACUCGGCUUCCUUCUCACCUGUGAUACUUAUCCGAGUUUCGAUCGCUGCAGUUCGCCCCUCCCUUAUGUGAUACCCCUCCUUUCGUCACCACUCCCUUCCCUACUUCCAGCAUCCCCUCCCAGGACGUCAACUUUACUGCCCUUCCGCCUCCCUUCGCCCCAUAAGUCCUGAUCACCCUCUUCCAUAUGACACUUGAGUUAAUUCGGUAGUUCCAUCGUUCUCUCCGUCAUUAUGGCUAUCGUCGACGAAAAAAAACAGGCGGCCGACGAACCUGCGCCAGCUCCUCGCCGGCCAACCUCCAGUGACGCGCCCGAAGUCGUGGUGCAUGAGGGCUACAAUACUGGUCUUAUCCCGGAAGACCCCCAGCUCGUGGUCGAAGAAGACGUCCCACCAGCUUACAGCGAACUGCACGACCAGCUCUCCCUCCACCAGGCCGGCUUUGAUGCUGGCGCUGCUGUUACAGAGGAUGGCCGAGUAAACAUCAAUAUCAAUCAGACAACUCCCCACCUGGCCGAUAUUAUAGCUCCAACCCUACGGAAUCAAUUAAGAGAGAGCGUUAGUGCAUCCGCAGAGUCUCCUCUACCGCCCCCUUACAUCCCCCCGAGCCUGGGCGGCGAACCGGGGCAGAAGCCGCCGCCACAGUUGAACGUCGUAAUACAAAUCGUCGGGUCGCGAGGUGAUGUUCAGCCGUUUGUCGCGCUGGGGCAAGUUUUGAAGAACACCUAUGGCCACCGCGUGAGAGUAGCGACUCACACCACCUUCCAGAAGUUCGUGGAGGAGAAUGGGCUGGAGUUUUUCAAUAUCGGUGGAGAUCCCGCCGAACUCAUGGCCUUCAUGGUCAAGAAUCCGGGGCUGAUGCCUGGCAUCGAUGCGCUGAAGAGCGGGGAGAUCACGAAGAGACGAAAGGGAAUCGAGGAGAUCGUCCUGGGGUGCUGGAGAUCCUGCAUAGAAACGGGAGAUGGUCUCGGACCAGCACCGCGCUUCGAUCGCAGACGCGGGGACGACGCCGACGAAGAACCGCCUACGCCACCGGAAGAGUUAGGGGGUCAUAGGGCUUUUGUUGCCGAUGCUAUCAUCGCAAACCCUCCGAGCUUUGCACACAUACAUGUUGCCGAGAAGCUAGGUGUGCCUCUGCACCUAAUGUUCACCAUGCCUUGGUCACCGACAAGAGCAUUCCCGCAACCGUUAGCCAAUAUUCAAUCCUCGAAUACGGAUCCGGUCACUACGAAUUAUGUCUCUUAUGCCUUGGUUGAAAUGAUGACCUGGCAAGGGCUUGGCGAUGUGAUAAACCGCUUUCGCACCAAGGUUCUUGAUCUUGAACCCCUCUCCUUGAUGUGGGCGCCUGCUGUGCUUACUCGCCUCCGAAUCCCGUACACGUACUGCUGGUCUCCGGCUCUGAUCCCCAAACCGAAUGACUGGGGACAGCAUAUCGACAUCGCCGGAUUUUACUUUCUUAACUUGGCUUCGUCGUAUACUCCCGAGCCUGAACUAGCGGCGUUCCUGGCAGCGGGCCCGCCCCCGGUGUACAUAGGAUUCGGUUCCAUCGUCGUCGAUGACCCGAAUGAGUUGACCCGGACGAUCUUCGACGCGGUCGCAGAGACGGGUGUUCGUGCUCUCGUUUCGAAGGGAUGGGGUGGACUGGGGGCGGACGCUGUCGGCAUGCCUGACAACAUCUUUAUGCUUGGGAAUGUCCCCCAUGAUUGGCUAUUUCAGCAUGUCGCCGCGGUCUGCCACCAUGGAGGCGCCGGAACCACCGCGGCCGGGAUUAGUGCCGGAAAGCCCACUAUCGUCGUCCCGUUCUUUGGGGACCAGCCUUUUUGGGGUGCUAUGGUAGCGAGGGCCGGAGCAGGCCCGGAUCCCAUCCCAUACAAGAGACUGACCCCGGCGACGCUAGCCGAGGCCAUCCGAGUUGCACUGAAACCUGAAACUCAACAGCGAGCCCAUGAGCUGGGAGAGAGGAUACGAGAAGAGAAAGGCACCCAUGUCGGGGCACAGAGCUUCCACAGGCAUCUUGACUACGAAAAGCUCCGCUGCUCGCUAGCUCCGAGUCGAGUCGCUGUCUGGCGUGUUCGGCGAUCCAAAGUCCGCCUCAGUGGAUUGGCAGCCGCCACUCUUGUGGACAACGGAUAUCUAAAAUACUCCGACCUAAAAUUGUUCCGCGCGAAGGAGUACAGCACCGAAGACCACCCGACCGAUCCGAUUUCAGCAACCACAUCUGCGUUGUUGGGAGACAUGGGAAGCAUUGCCAUGUCUAUAACAGAUUUCCCUCGAGAUAUUUUCAAAGCAGCUAAAGGCCCAGGGUCAGUGCCGUCCGAGAAACCUGGAGACGAUUCCGCCACAGUUGUUUCAAGCGAGGACGGUAAUCUGAACCCCUUGACCCAGACCAAUUCGAUUGCAACAUCAACCACAACGGUAUCUACUACUAACGCGGCGAGGCGUCCGUUAAGCCAGAUCGGUAUGACGACUCCAAACAGUAGUGCGCCUAGUCUAGCACCUCUCGCAUCAAUUGCUUCUGAACGUUCAAGAUCACCUUCGGUACCUCCCCCUACACCUCGCCAUCAGCAUAGUAACUCGACAUCAAGACCGGGCACGACCUCACCGAACGCCGGAAGCAGGAACUUGGAGAGGGCGCUAGGUGCUGGUAAGAGCAUAAAUAACAUCGUGGCGACGGGUAUGAAAAGCCCGAUGCACUUCUGCCUGGGGCUUGCGAGGGGCUUUAGAAACGUACCGACCCUAUACAAUGAUGACACCGUCCGCCCCCUAGAAAAAGUCACCGAUUUCACCAGCGGGCUCAAGGUCGCUGGCAAAGAGUUUGGCUUUGGGCUAUACGACGGGAUCACCGGGCUAGUUACACAGCCCAUCAGAGGUGCAGAGAAGGAUGGCGGCAUAGGGCUUUUGAAGGGGUUCGGCAGAGGGAUCGGGGGGCUUGUUUUGAAACCCGCGGCAGCGAUGUGGUCUAUCCCGGCAUACACCAUGGCUGGCGUCCAUGCUGAGAUUCGCAGCCUGUUCGCUCAGAGCGCUCAUAAAUAUAUCGUCGCGUCUCGUAUUUCCCAGGGCCGAAGGGAUUUGGCCGAUUCUUCGGCGGGGGAGCGCCAAGAUAUAGAAGCUCGUUGGUUUACUGAGAAGAAAAACCUCAAAGGUUUCUACGCGUUUAAGCAAAGACAGAAAGGGAAGUCGAGAGACGUAUCGCCCGCACCGCCUGAGAAUGGGUCGGCUACUCCGGAGCGUACCUCUAGCGACGAGCCAGCGAGGACCAGCUGGCUUCCCAUAAGGGCUGCUCCGUUUGAUGGGCAGAUGAGGGGAUGGAAGAGAAAGCGGGCGGAGGCUGCAGCCACGGGCGGAACCCAUGUUGGCGAAAUGCUCCCUACCGCUCCCAGUACCGACAGCUUACGUGCACAGGACGAAGAGUUUGAGCAAGCAAUUCAGGCUGCGGUGCGAGAAACCUCCCGAGGAGACGCGACCGAAGACGCUAGGGUCGAACAGGCGAUCCGAUCGAGCGUUGGGGUGUUGAGACGAAGAUCAACGACGAUGAGCUCUUUUGCAUCGUCUUCGUCCCAAAUAUCCACUGGCCAAGGUCAUGGAUACCCCAUCGAUGUUAAGCAUCCCCUUCCUGGGGAUAACCCGCCGCCACAACUUCCUCCUCGCAUACCGGACAACUUGAUGGAUAUUACCGAUGAGGAAUAUGCAGCGUUGAUCGAACAGGCCGUACAGCUUAGCAUGGCUGAGCAUUACCAGAACCAGCAGAAGGGUAUCAUCAGGCAUGACGACACUUCAGAAGACGAAGACUUCAAACUGGCUCUCGAGAGGUCACAAACGGAGCGCAGCUCGGGAGACCAAGACGAGGAUGAGGAGUACAAGAAAGCGCUCCAGAUUUCGGAAGCGGAGCAGAAGAACAGCGACGGCCUCGACGAGGACGAAGAGCUCAGGAAGGCUAUAGAGGCCUCCCAGGCCGAGAAAUCCCUGCCGCAUGCCGCAAGCAAGGAGGAAGAGGAGCUCCUCCGACGCGCCAUAGAGGAGUCGGAGCGGGUGCACCGGGAGGAGCUGGUUAGGGUUUCGUCGAUGAAGACGGAGGAGGAAAUCGUCAUGGAGUACGUCAAGCGACAGAGCAUCAUCGAAGAAGAAUACCGCAAGGCGGCGGCGGCGGCGGCGCUCACGGGAAAGCAGCAGAACGAGGUCGGCGACGGGGACGAGGACGAGGACGAGCAGCUGAGGCGGGCGCUCGAGGAGAGCUUGCAAACGGGACAGGGCGGCGGGAGCGGGGGCGGGCCGUCUCGGAUCUAGGGCUCUACGGGAGGGUAGGAUGGAAGGAAGGCACCUUGAGCAGAUAGACAGAUUGGCGCCCGCGACGGCGUUUUCGCUAGGUGGUUGUGGCAUCACGAUC